AUCCUAUGGAGACGUAAUUUGGAUGGGACCGGAAGGUGGUCUCAACCCCGGGGUACCCCGGUUUGGGUCUCGACGUUGAUCCCUAGGGGAUGUGGAGAGCUGGCGGCAUGUCGGCGGAGCUGGGAGUCGCGUUUGCCCUGCGGACCGUGAACGAGCGCGUGCAGCAGGCGGUGGCGCGGCGGCCGCCGGAUCUCCCAGACAUUCAGCCCCGGCUGGUAGCCGUCAGCAAAACCAAGCCCGCAGACAUGGUGGUUGAGGCCUACAGUCACGGCCAGCGCACUUUCGGAGAGAACUAUGUUCAAGAACUGCUAGAAAAAGCAUCAAAUCCUAAAGUUCUGUCUUCAUGUCCUGAGAUUAAAUGGCACUUCAUUGGCCACUUACAGAAACAGAAUGUCAACAAAUUGAUGGCUGUCCCCAAUCUCUUCAUGCUGGAAACACUGGAUUCUGUGAAGCUGGCAGACAAAGUGAACAGUUCGUGGCAGAAAAAAGGUUCUCCCGAAAGGUUAAAGGUUAUGGUCCAGAUUAACACCAGUGGAGAAGAGAGCAAACAUGGCAUUCUACCAUCAGAGACAGUAGCCAUGGUGGAACACAUAAAUGCCAAGUGCCCCAGCCUGGAAUUCGUGGGGCUGAUGACCAUAGGAAGCUUUGGGCACGAUCUUAGUCAAGGACCAAAUCCGGACUUCCAGAUGUUGUCGUCCCUCCGCGAGGAGCUGUGCAGGAAGCUGAGCAUCCCCACUGGCCGGGUGGAGCUGAGCAUGGGCAUGUCCACGGACUUCCAGCACGCAAUUGAGGUAGGAUCUACAAAUGUUCGCAUAGGAAGCACCAUUUUUGGAGAGCGAGAUUACUCAAAGAAACCUGCCCUGGACAAGUCCGCGGCAGACCUGAAAGCCGCAGUGGAGGUGACACAGGCACACUGAGCUGAGGAACAGCCAGCAGCGGCUCGCCGCCCUCGGGCCCCGUCGGGGAAGACUGACUAUGCACUCACCUGGGUUUCCGCUCUGAUGUUCCCCAGGUUGUAGCACUACCGUGCUCUCCUUGUGACCUGGUGAGAGCACGCGGAGGAUCGUGUGUACUGAUGGAAACCAUCUGUGUUCCGUGUCUAACAAAGGAGGCUCGCUUUACGUUGUAGCUUUGUAUUGGAUCUGAGAAAUCCCGACAUUUCUGCAGAGCAAAUACCAAAUCAACAGCGGGGAAUUGAGUUCAGUAUUGAAUCCUGUCCAGGAGCACCAACCAACCCAUGAAUGCCUUCCCCAGGUUAAAACUAGGUCACAGAUGCCUGUAAUUACCAAAGUCAGAGGAAUUCCCAUUUGUCAUUGGCUGUAACAGAAAAUUCCCCGUGAUUACCAACUUCAUGGAAAGCCCUGCUGAGUAAUCAUCUCUGCUGCUCUGGAACAAGGUGGUUUUGCUGCCCCCACCCCGCCCACCCCACUCAGUAAAUAUUCCUCUCUACUCUGGAAUAGAAGUACAGGUAACUUCAGGAAAUGGUUCCAGUUAAUGCCCCAAACCCAAAUGAUUGUUGACGAGAAUUUGUCAUUGACUACCCUGUCCUGUUGACCCUGAAAAUUGUAGGGGUAACAUGAAUGGGACUUGGGCCUUUCUAACAUCCUCCUGAAGAGACAGGGCUUUGAGCUUCCCCCCCCCCCCCCGGGCCCCACAGAGAUGAGGAGUUAAUGAUAUGAUUCUCUUACGGUGAUUUCUUAUCAAAGACCAGUGAUUCUUAUAGCUCCCCAGAUGUGUAAGGUUCCUUCAAAGCCAGCUCAGGUUCACAGUCUCAACCAGGCCAGACUGACCUUGAGGUCCCUGUUCCGAGGAGCACUUUCCAGGCCCCCCCUUGCCUCCACCCCACGCGGACACACUAUUUAUAAGCCGGAACUGCAGCUCUUCUUGUUAAUGGAGCAGCAGGAUACUUUGGGCUGGGCUGUUUAUUACUUAGAUGGCUUUUUCUUAUUUCUUCAAGCCCCACUCUGUAAUUUUAUGAAAUAACUUUCAGAACUGGAUGCUGCUGAAUGUAAUUUUGUAAAACUGUAACCGGUGUGAUCCCUGUACUCUUGGUCAGAGCUAGAGUGUGGUAUUUCAGAGUCUAUUAAAUAAAAAUGUGAGUUUGAAUUAUGCCAUCUGUGCCAAUUACAAAGCAAUUAAAAGAUUUAUUUUUUAAGA